GGCGACCAGUUUCUAUUUUCUCUCUGGUUCUGUCGUUGGGUCGGCCCGCUAGGAAGGGGGUCUUUGUUUGCGUUUCACGUUCGCGUCGCACGGUAUCAUCUGCGUCAGGCGCUCAAUCGUAUCGCAUCCGAGACGGAAUGUGCCAACAUAAGUGGAAGCGUGGUUAUCGCUCCUCUCGGUCGAUGUGAAAUGUCGUGUAGUGCCCCAGGGUGGCGCCGUCUAGUGCAAGUGCAGUGAGGUGCAGUGGUGUGUGCGAGCGAGCGUGGGUCGGUGCCACGGCGAGCGAAGUGCGCGGAGGUGGCGGCGGCCGCUCGGCCAUGACCGGCGACAUGCCUCUAGGGAGCGCGCACGCGUUCGGGCGAGCGCUGCUCCGGGACGGCGCCCUGCCGCCGCUGGAGCCCGGGCCGCCUGCGGCCGCGCCGCCUGCGCCGCAUGCCCCGCCGGCCGCUGCCGCCAGCCCCGAGCAGGUCAUGAAGCUCUACAUGAACAAGCUCACACCUUACGAGCAUCGCGAGAUAUUCGAUUACCCCCAAGUGUACUUCAUAGGCGCGAACGCGAAGAAACGACCCGGCCUCGUCGGCUUCCCGAACAAUUGCGAAUACGACAAUGAGCAGGGUUCAUACAUCCACAUACCGCACGAUCACAUAGCGUACCGUUACGAGGUGCUCAAAGUUAUUGGCAAGGGCAGCUUCGGACAAGUGGUGAAAGCUUACGAUCACAAGAAGCGGGAAAACGUCGCACUUAAAAUGGUGCGAAACGAAAAAAGGUUCCACAGGCAAGCGCAGGAGGAGAUUCGCAUCCUGGAGCACCUGCGAGAGCAGGACAAGGACAACACUAUGAACGUCAUACACAUGUUCGACUCGUUCACGUUCAGAAAUCACACGUGCAUCACUUUCGAAUUGCUGUCAAUAAAUCUUUACGAAUUGAUAAAGAAAAAUAAGUUCCAAGGGUUCUCGCUGCAGCUGGUCCGAAAGUUCUCACACAGUCUGCUGCAGUGCUUGCACGCCCUUAACAAAAACCGCAUCAUCCACUGCGAUAUGAAGCCGGAGAAUGUGCUGCUGAAGCAACAGGGACGCUCCGGAAUUAAGGUGAUAGACUUCGGCAGUUCGUGCUACGAGCACCAACGCGUGUACACUUACAUCCAGUCGAGGUUUUACCGCGCGCCCGAGGUGAUGAUGGGCGCUAGGUACGGCAUGCCCAUCGACAUGUGGUCUCUUGGCUGCAUAUUGGCGGAGCUGCUCACAGGGUUCCCCUUACUGCCGGGCGAGGACGAGGCGGACCAGAUGGCGUGUAUCAUCGAGCUUCUGGGCAUGCCGCCUCAGAAGUUGAUUGAGCAAGGCAAGAGGUCCAAGAACUUCAUCAGCAGCAAAGGUCUGCCGCGGUACUGCACCGCCACCACGCUACCAGAUGGAACCACUGUUCUAAGUGGAGGUAUGUCGAGAAGAGGUAAGCCGCGAGGCCCUCCCGGUUCCAAGAGUUUCGUCACAGCGCUCAAAGGUUGCCAGGAUAAGUUCUUCAUUGAUUUCAUCAGACGAUGCUUAGAAUGGGAGCCAGAGAAACGGUUAACGCCGGCGCAGGCGUUAAGACACGCGUGGCUACGACGUCGACUGCCCCGGCCGCCACACGACGACGAGCCCCACGCCCAGUCCCACGCGCACGCGAACGCGCAGUCCCACGGCCACACGCACUCACAGUCCCACGGCCACGCGCAGGCGCAAUCCCACGCCCAGCCGCAGGCGCUGCCCGCCAACCACGUUAGUAUAGCGCACCACGUCAAACGGCUCGCCCAGCCCAAGUGCACCGACAAAUAGAUAUGGUUGUUCUGUUGCCGGCAGUCGGGGGGCGCGGCGGGCGCGGGGGGUGCGGCGGCGGG